AUGGCGAUGCGGAUGGCGGCGGCGGCCGCAGUGGCGUUGGUGGCUGUGAUGGGCGUGCUGGCGCCCCGAGCGGCGGCGCAGACCACGCCGAACUGCGCGGCGAAGCUGGUCCCGUGCUCGCAGUACAUCAACACGACGGGGACGCCGCCGGACACCUGCUGCGGCCCGCUCAAGGACGCCGUCCAGAACGACCUCAAGUGCCUCUGCGAUCUCUACGCCACGCCGGAGAUCUUCAAGGCCUUCAACAUCAGCCUCGACGCGGCCCUCGGCCUCUCCAAGCGCUGCGGCCUCAACGACACCACCGCCGCCUGCAAGGGUGGGAUUUUCCAGCAUCUGAUUAAUAGCGACCAGAUGCAAAAGCCUUUCUCCUACACAGUCUCCUCCAGGUUCACCCUCAGGUGGUGGCAGUGGCAGUGGCAGCAACGCCGGUCAUCGCACUCUGUCAGUCGGUUUCCCAGGAUUGAUGAGCUUGUUCCUGGCUUUGUGAUCAUUACUGAACCACUUGUCCACUUCCAUAUGGAACUCGAAGCAGCCACUACAGUGAGAGCUCCAGUGGAGGUGAGUGUCCUCAGGUGGCUGAGACUGCAGAAUGCCGAUGAUGAGGUAUCCGGCGAGCAGCCAGAAAAGUAUACAGGAGUGACUUCCACGGCUCGCCUCCCCAUCCCACUUUCUGUCGCUCCCGAGCUCCGGCGAGCGGCGGCGGAGACGGAAGCCGAGCGAGCAGCACAACGCCGUCGACACAAAUCGCGAGGGUAUAUCAACUACAAGCAGAGGGAGACCCAACACGGAAGCUUUAAAGUAGCCCUCAAAGCUGACCAACUGAGCGCCCGCCGCAAUGCUCUCGCGUGCCGCCGCCAUCCGUCGCGGCGCUGCGGCGGCGUUCUCCACAGUCUCGGAGAAGCCGGAGACGGGGCUAUACGGCUUCGACGUGCUGCGCACGGCGAAGGGGUUCCGCCGCUUCGUGGACGACGCCAUCCAGCGGUUUGUUCUGUCAUUGAUUCGGCCGAGCUGUGCAGGAAUACACACCCUGAUAGGGAGUUUGUGGAGGAGGCAGAUAAGGCAUCAAUGAGGAUUUAUGAGCAUCUUCAGUACCUGAAUACAAACACUACUUUGUACAAUGCUAUACUGAAAGCUGAAGGUGAAAGUGUCCUGCUCACAGAGGAAGCUCGAAGAGCAGCAACUACCUUGCGCAUUGACUUUGAAAAAGGAGGGAUACAUCUUCCUAAAGAUAAACUUGAGAAUGCUAAUCAGCUGAACCUUGAGAUUGCCCAGCUGGGUAGAAAGUUCAAUGAAAAUGUAAUGAACAAACCAGGUUUUGUGGAUGUGUAUCCAGCUUCACGGAUUCCAAGGAAUAUGCAGCGUCUUUUCAAGUCUGUUUCCCGUUUUAAUACUAGCAAACAGAUGAACACUGAAAAGCAAAAAGGCCUAAGGAUUGUAACAGAAUCAGGAAAUCUAUCAUCAGCACUAAGAUGGAUUUCUGAUGAGAAAGUCAGAAAACAGGUAUAUAUUGUUGGGAACUCUGAACCUCAUGAAAAUAUUGGCGUCCUCAAUGAACUUAUACAUGCUCGUGAUGAACUUGCAAAGAUUAUGGGAUGCAAAUCAUAUGCUGAAUUUGCUAUUCGUCCUAACAUGGCUGCAUCAGCUGAUGUGGUUAUGUCAUUUCUUGAAGAUUUGAGCAACAUUGUUAAGUAUAAAGCUGAAGAGGAAUUUAAGAUCAUACAGAAUUUCAAGAGAAGGACAUGUAAUGAAAAGAGCGCUAAUCUAGAACCCUGGGAUGAGGAUUACUUCAUUGGAAUGAUGAAAUCAUCUGUAUAUGACCUGGACGCUUCAGUCAUUGCAAAAUACUUUCCCUUGUCGCAGUGCCUAAAAGGGCUAAAUGUUCUGGUUGAAUCAUUAUUUGGUGCAACAUUUCAUCAAAUUCCUACGAGGGAUGGGGAGUCAUGGCAUCCAGAUGUGAUAAAGCUCUGUCUCCAUCAUCCCGAUGAGGGUGAUUUAGGAUUCAUGUAUCUUGACCUCUACUCCAGAAAGGGUAAACAUCCAGGAUGCGCUCAUUUUGCUGUCCAAGGGGGGUGGAGAUUAUCAGACUCAAACUACCAACUGCCGAUCAUCGCCUUAGUAUGCAACUUCUCAGGUGCUUGUGGAAUAACUGCAAGGCUUAACCAUGGAGAUGUUGAAACUCUUUUUCAUGAGAAUAUCAGCAUUUCUCUGGUACUAGGGUUGCUCUUGAUGUCGCUGAAACCCCCCUCAAACCUGUUUGAAUAUUAUGCCUGGGACUAUCGUGUCUUGAAGACAUUUGCUCUAGAUGAAACAACUGGAGAUGCAAUACCAGAAAAGCUGGUAAAGGCACUAAAUGCUUCUCGGAAUAUGUUUCCUGCUACUGAGCUCCAGAGGCAGAUCUUCUACUCUAUAAUGGACCUAACCUUGUUUGGGGAGCAAGCAUCCAAGCCUAUGGACACGAUUUCCACUGUUGCCGAUUUGAGAAGGAAACAUACAAGUUGGAAAUACGCAGAAGGCACACACUGGCAUACUCGAUUUACUCAUCUCAUAACCUAUGGUGCUGGCUACUAUAGCUAUCUCUAUGCUAGAUGUUUUGCCACAACUAUAUGGCAAGAAGUAUGCCAAGAAGACCCAUUGUCCCGCAGUGCAGGCAGUGCCAUCAGGGACAAAUUCUUGCGGUUCGGCGGGUCAAAGGACCCAUCAUCCCUGCUGAAGGAUUUUGCAGGUGAUGCCAUCAUUAGAAACUCUGGGAGUGGAAUAAUCCCUAACAUCGGUUCCUUGUGUAAAGAAAUUGGAUUGUGA